UGAGUCGGUGCAGGAGUAGUGACUACUGACUAGUGAGUACACUUUCCGUUUACAGGCACAGCCGAGAGCACGUCGGUUCAUCAGUCGCCUCACACGGCAGUCUCUUCUCGCAUACACUCACACACGCUCGCGGCCGACGCAGUACGUUAAAACGCAUUUCGGCUCUCGUGCAAAUCACAAUAACAUAAUAUUGUUGUUACUGUUCAACUGUUGAUAGUGUUUUUAACAUACUCCGUUUCGGGUUUAACUCGGUUGUCGGUUAGGUUGCAACAGAGCGACGCGGCCGAUUCACACCCCCGUUGUUCCGCGCUGCCUGUCGUCGUCGUCGUCGUCGUUGUCCCUAACGUUUCGCCGGUACCGUUUGCCCAUCGCUGAACUUUGUGGCAAACAAAUACCACUCAACUCAUUAAACCUAUCUACACAUUGUACGUCAGCAGUUCGUUCGGGACCACCGUUACACGGAAUACGACGACGUAGCCAUGGUCCGCCUUAUGUACCCCGAACAGUCCAACUACUCGUACGUGUUCGACUUCGAGGAGAACUUCCACUACGAAUGGACGCGGCAGUGGAUGACUGAGAACUGGACCAAUGGGUUCUACUACUGCACCAUAUACGCCAUGCUGGUGUUCGGGCUCCGACGGAUGAUGCGCGAUCGGGCCGGCUUCCGCCUCAAGGGCCUGCUGGUGCUGUGGAACGUGAUGCUGGCCACUUUCAGCUUGGUCGGCUUCGCACGGACCGCGCCCGAGCUGUUCCGCGUGCUCAACAAAUACGGACUACACCAUUCGGUGUGCGUCACCAGCUACGUUGAGGAUGAUCCUGUGUCUGGCUUCUGGUCGUGGCUGUUCGUGCUGUCCAAGUUGCCUGAACUCGGCGACACGAUAUUCAUCGUGCUCCGCAAGCAGCCGCUCAUCUUUCUGCACUGGUAUCAUCACAUCACCGUGUUGUUGUAUACGUGGUUCUCAUACAUGGAGUUCACGUCGUCUGCCCGAUGGUUCAUCGUCAUGAACUACUCUGUGCACUCGAUGAUGUACACUUAUUACGCAUCGCGGGCCAUGGGCUACCGGCCACCCAAGCAAGUGUCCAUGUUCAUCACCGCCAGUCAGCUGACCCAGAUGUUGGUCGGCUGCUUCAUCAAUUACACCACUUACGGUUACCUGAAGUCCGGCGGCCCGCACUCGUGCCGUGUGUCCAAGCUCAACAUUACCCUGUCGUCGGCCAUGUACUUUAGUUACUUGCUGCUGUUCGCCCGGUUCUUCUACAACGCUUACCUCAACAAGGGCCGCGUCAGCGCGUCCAAGAAAUCGUCCAAGCAACAUUGAUCCCGGACGACGGUGGUUACGUCUCCUUCUGCGGCGGUUUCGGCGGCUCCGGCUGCAGCGGCUGCGGUGUCUGCUGCUGACGCAAACACCGCUGCUGCUGCUGCCGCCGCUGCCGUGAUGCGCCGCUGCAGUAUGAUGUGCCGUCGCAGUGUGAUGUGCCGUCGCAGCUGGCCAUUGAUUUUCAAACACGUGCACUGAUAUUAUUAAAUACUAUUAUUUACGAGAUUAAUGCGUUGCGAUAGAAGAUCAUUAUUAUCAUUAUUUAUUAUUAUGAUUAUUAUUAUUAUUAUUAUUAUUAUUAUUAUUAUUAUUAUUAUUAUUAUUAUUAUUAUGAAUGAGACGAACAUGUGCUAAUUUUAUUUUGAUAAUUUUUCUUGCUCGAUUUCUAUAUUAUUUUCAUCCUGUGUUUUCUUUUUUUCUUUCCUUCUUUUGUUGUUUAGGAAAACCGUUCGUUUUUUAGACGAAAAAUAUAUAUUUUUUUUGUAUUUUCUACUUAGUUUGUACUUUACUUCCGCGAAGAAAAGUCUCGAGUCGCUGAUCGAUUAUAACGGCGUUGUAAGUUGUUUUAUAGGCAUUUUUGUUUGAAUUGCGUGUGCCUACAUAAUACUUAGCCUAAUAAAAAAGAAAAUUUUAUUUUCCAAGAACUUA